UGGGUUUGUUGCACGUUAAAUGCACAUUGCAGCCACACUAUUUCCACCCCGCCCCCAACUCCGGCUCUGCUUCUCCUUCUAUCUUAGCUUUAGUGUGUUUGUAAAUUCAAUAUUUAUUUUCUUUAAACUUUGAAAUCGUCGUCUCGUUUCGAUUCUGUUUCUUGUGAAUCUGGUUGGGGUAUUUCUUGUUCUCACUUUUCCCCUCUUGUUCCUUUGUUUAUUCUCCCUAUCAGAGCUUACUGUCCUGUCGAGAUGGGUGAGAAACAUCCCGAAGCUGGGCCCCAUGUGGUGAGCGCCGAUCGACAUGACGAGGCGGUUGUAUAUCUCGAGGGCCAUGGUGAUGUGCACCCCAACGUGGAUCUGGUGGCUCUGCGCCGCAAGAUCGAUCGGCGGUUGCUGCCCUACAUGUUUUGCUGCUAUGUGUUGCAAUUCCUGGACAAGGUCAUGCUGAACUAUGCUGCGGUGAUGGGAAUCAAGAAAGACCUCAAGCUCGUUGGCAAUGAGUUCUCCAAUACGGCAACAUGGUUCUUCAUAGCCUACCUGAUCGCUGAAGUUCCCAACGUCUACUGUCUCCAGAAAGUGCCCGCUGCUAAGUGGCUUGGAGGAAACGUUUUCCUCUGGGGUGUCGCAGCGGCCGCUUCUGCUGGCGCCAGUGACUAUCGCAGUUUGCUGGUUGCAAGAAUCUUCCUCGGUAUCUUCGAAGCAACCGUCGGCCCUUCAUUGAUGCUGCUGAGUAGUCAGUAUUAUACACGCAGUGAGCAAGCUCCUCGUUUCACAUUCUGGUACAUGGGUCUGGGUGUUGCCCAGAUCUUGGGUGGAAUUAUCUCGUUCGCGUUCCAGCAUGUUCAUCAUGCUUCUCUGGAGGGAUGGCGCAUCAUGUUCCUCGUCCUGGGACUGGUCACUGCCGUCAUUGGCACGUUGACCUUCUUCUUCAUCCCGGACACCCCCAUCAAGGCGAAAUGGCUGUCGGAGGACGAAAAGGUCGCUCUCCUGCAGCACGUCGGCGAGAACCAAACUGGCGUAUGGAGCACCACUUUGAACCUGAAGCAGAUUAAGGAUGCCGUGUUCGAUGUCCAGCUCUGGCUUUUGACCUUGACAACCGUCCUGAUCUCCGUAUCAAGCGGUGUCGUAACUACCUACUCCUCAACCUUGAUUUCUGGGUUCGGCUUCUCAGGUCCUAUCUCCGCCCUCCUCAAUACCCCUUCCGGCAUCGUGAGCAUCUUCUUUACUCUCCUCGUCGGCUUUGGUAUUCGUAAAACCUCCCACCGCUGGGCCUGGAACGUCCUCUGCACGAUUCCCGGUAUCAUCGGUGGCGGUCUGCUCUCUUUCCUACCAAAGAGCAACAAGGCCGGCGUGUUGAUUGGAAUUUAUCUUGUCAACGCAAUCGUCGCCACUCUUCCCAUCCUUUAUCAAUGGACGAUGGCCAACACUGCAGGCCACACUAAGCGUGCUUUUGCCAGUGCUCUCGUCGCCGGGUCCUUUUCCAUUGGCAACAUCAUCGGUCCUCAAACAUUCCAGGCGCGUGAUGCUCCAGAGUACAGACCCGCUAAAAUCGCGGUUCUCGCAACCCAAGCCGCCGCUGCUGUAGUGUCAGUUGUUCUCUUCUUAUACUAUUUGUGGCAGAACCGUCGCCGGGAUCAGACCAAGGGCCCCGUGAACGAGGCUAUGGUGGAUGAGACCAAGUGGGCUGGCCUCACGGAUCGCGAGAAUCCUUACUUCCGUUAUGCGUACUAAAUAUGUCGCGGGAAAUGGACUGCCAAGUUUGGCCGUCGUGCGUUGAUAUCGGGGUCGAUGUGAAACACUAACGAUGUAACUUUUCUGUUGCCACCAUAGUUCUAGUCCAAAAGGUAUAUAAUUGGGAACGCCAGUUUCUGCUCACAUAAUGACGCAAGGAAGAAUUCCCAAUAAACUGGAAGUCGUGACAUUUAUACAUGACUAGUACUCGUUAUGUACAACAAAUUCAAUUGCUGAGCUAUUCAUCUCGAUCGCCAGAAUGGCUUCAUGACAGAUCGAACAUACACUAGCAAAUGAACCAUCAAAUAAUUGGCGAUCGUGAAAGCGAGAAAAAUGCCAAAGUACGGCCAGAGCUUGGAAUCAUCCAGCCCAAUGCCGGAUAGGUAGUCAUCACCCCAUCUGUACGGACAGUAUCCAC